AUGUCUACAGACGUAAUUCGUAGAUUCGCACGUUGCCGAAGGGAUCUAUUCGUGAGACAACAAGUCAUACGAAAAGAAGUAACUAGACAAGCAUUACGUUACAUUACAAGGAACGAGACACUUCCCACGCGUAUACGACAACAAGCACAAUUGGCCAUAAAUGCGUAUUCGAGACACGCGAGGCCUGCUAGUAUUAUGAAUAGGUGUACAGAGGCUGGCAGGAGUAGAGGUGUUUUUCGUGAACAUCGGUUGUGUCGGUUUCAAUUUCGUAUGAAAGCAUUGAAUGGCGAGUUACCGGGCGUUAAAAAGGCGGUUUGGUAG